CUCAAUGGAGAAGAAGGAAGGGUAAGGGGAACAAUGUUACUAGGAAAAACAGAAUGCAUCAGGACUGGAGAGUGGACCAGUCAGCGAUGAGACUAGAAGUGGGACCAGUCAGUAGAUGCCAACAGAAGGGCUUUGUGAUUGUGAAGGACGUCCCUGCUGACCGGAUGAGAACCAAACUGGACAGUGCUGUCAGUCAAGUCCCAAAAGUCCACCUCGAAACGGCGCGCCAGACGGGUGAUCAGAGGACCACAGAAAAGUCAGGUGGGCUACUUGUGGCACUUGGCAAAGGUCCGCACCAGAAGAGACCCCAGGUGCAGCGAGUGGUGUGGCUCCAUCAUCGAGUACAUGUUAUAGAGAACGCGCUUGGUGAGCUUGUGCGAUCCAGUGGCAUUGGAGAGUGCCCACUGAGGAUGGCAAAUCGUGGAGGACAUCUCCUCGAGGCAUGGAGCGCCCGAAAGACCUCAAAAUGUAGGUGGCCGUAGGGAUAGAACACCCCAUCUGUGACCGCCCGGAACUUCGCAUCAUAAUCUGUCAUGUGGCGUAGGUCGUGCACAUACCGGUGAGUGAGACAUGAUCCUGAAAAAUAAUGAAGCCACAAGCAAACACAUCUCUCUCCCUAAACUAGUUCAAGCAUGCCAAUCAAUUCACGGUUCUCAAUCCUAACAUCUAUAGUCCGAUUUUCCAGGAUUAGCAAAGAAAAUCCAAGUCACACACCUGGGACACAAGAAGGAUCGUAGAAGAAGGUGAGAGGAGGGCUAGGGAGGCGGCGACGACGUCUGGUGAUGAUAAAAGCCCAAAUUCGAU